UUUAAUCCGAUCGAGACAUUCGAAAUGGGUAGAACAAAAAUAAACGUAAUUUUAUUAAUAAUCCUCAAACUAUUCUUAGUGGGCACAACAACAGGAGAAGAGACGAACGAGAACAACCGAAAAAUAGAUGAACUGUGCAGCAGUUAUACCUAUAAAAGUGUGAAGCCUUUGCUAAACUACUUUAAGCAAGUUCGUAAUGAGUUAGACCAAAGUGACAUUAAGGAAAAGCAUAUAAGUGAAAUAAAUGCUGAUCUUAUGAUAAAGUAUCAUGAAAUUGUAGCAAUUCAUGAAAAGCUCAUGAAGGAGGCAUUUCAAUUAGAUGAGUAUAAAAACCAAAUAAUAAGAAAAGAAAACGAUUUGCAAUUGUGUCAAAGUAAAGUUGAUAAAUUAGAAUCUGAGAUUAAUUCACAACAAACAACUAUAAACCAAUUAACACUACAUUUAUUAGAUAAAUCUAACAAAUUGGAAAUAUGUGAGGAUCAAUUAAAAAAGCUUAAUUCUAGUGUUAUUGAAAAAGAUGAGAAAAUUUCUGAAUACUCUGCAACAAUUCAAAACAUUACAGAAAAUCAGAAAACAAUUAGUUUGAAAUUAGAAGGGAGUCAAGCCAUGUUAUUAAAGAAAGAUAAAGACAUUGAAAUAUGCCAUGCAGAAAUUAUUAAAUUAAAUAGGACAUCACAUAAUAAUAAUAAUCCUUCAAGUUGUCUCCCUUUCGGAGAUCAUCCUGGUGUGCAUGAAAUUGAAGUUUCUGGUGUUGGUUCCUUCGAUGUUCUAUGCGAUAGUCAGUUAGCUGGGCCUGGUUGGAUAGUAAUACAACAGCGAAUUGGUGGAGAAGAGAACUUUACCAGGGAUUGGGCCACAUAUCGAGAAGGUUUCGGUUCAUUGGAUAGUGACUUUUUCCUUGGAUUAGAAAAGAUGUAUCGACUAACGAGUCUGCAGCAAUACGAACUCUACAUACAUUUGGUUACCUUAAAUGGCAGCAUCUUCUACGCUCGAUACGAUGACUUCAAAAUAUCUGAUGAAGACCAUGGAUACGCACUAAGCUUGGGUAAAUUCAAGGGAAAUAUUAGGGAUUCGAUGAGAGACCACGAAAACAUGGAAUUCACAACAUUCGAUCGGGAUAAUGACGCUUCUUAUGAUAAUUGUGCAGCUCGGCAUAAAUGUGGCUGGUGGUACAAGGAUUGUUGUCAUUGUAACUUAAAUGGAUUAUACGGCAAUAAUCUAUAUUGGUAUUCUGGAACAGUAAAUAUACUCAAAGAAGCUAAGAUGCUUAUUCGUCCCAAAGAAGACAAAAAUAAGUGACAAACUGAAAAUUCGAAAUCGUUAUCCUUUUUUUACGAUUUAAAUCGCACAAAAUAUAUUUGAUAUACAGAUUUACAUUAGAAUAUACUAACGAAAGAGAUGAGAUUAUAUUGAUAUUGUUGUAAUGUAAGACAUUUCAAAACAAAUUCAAUUUUAGUUAAGUAAGCAUUGCAUCUUCUGAUACUCUUCUACUCUUUACUUUCGGCAGAGUUGCAAUUUACAAAUUUAAUAUCAUUAUUAUUUUGAUUCGUGUUCUCGCUUUACAAGUUAACCUUAAAAAAAAGUAAAUCACUUUUAUUUCCCAAUUUUUUAUUUACUAAAGUCGAAGAUAAGAAUGUUUUAUUAUUAUUCUGUUUCAUAUAAUUCUUCAAAAUUUCAAUAUCAUUCGUUACAAUUAGAAAGCAAAGUUUAACAAAAUUGUGGAUAAAAAUAUUUUUGAAUGUCAUCAAAACAUUUUCAUCUUUGUUUUAAUCCGAUCGAGACAUUCGAAAUGGGUAGAAUAAAAAUAAACGUAAUUUUAUUAAUAAUCCUCAAACUAUUCUUGGUGGGCACAACAACAGGAGAAGAGACAUGCGAGAACGACCGAGAAAUGGACAAACUGUGCGGGGGUCAUACCUAUAAAAGUGUGAAGCCUUUGCUAGACUACUUUAAGCAAGUUCGUAAUGAGUUAGACCAAAGUGAAAUUAAAGAAAAGCAUAUAAGUGAAAUAAAUGCUGAUCUUAUGAUAAAGUAUCAUGAAAUUGUAGCAAUUCAUGAAAAGCUCAUGAAGGAGGCAUUUCAAUUAGAUGAGUAUAAAAACCAAAUAAUAAGAAAAGAAAACGAUUUGCAAUUGUGUCAAAGUAAAGUUGAUAAAUUAGAAUCUGAGAUUAAUUCACAACAAACAACUAUAAACAAAUUAACCCUACAUGCAAAUUUUCUUGCGAGUUAUGAUGAGUGUAAAAAAGAAUUAUCAGAUAAAUCGAACAAUUUAGAAAUAUGUGAGGUUCAAUUAAAAAAACUGAAUUCUAGUGUUAUUGAAAAAGAUGAGAAAAUUUCUGAAUACUCUGCAACAAUUCAAAACAUCACAGAAAAUCAGAAAACAAUUAGUUUGAAAUUAGAAGAGAAGCAAACCGUGUUAUUUAAGAAAGAUAAAGACAUUGAAAUAUGCCAUGAAGAAAUUGUUAAAUUAAAUAGGACAUUACAUAAUAAUAAUAUUCCUUCGAGUUGUCUCCCUUUCGGAGAACAUCCUAGUGUGCAUGAAAUUGAAGUUUGUAGUUCCUUUGAUGUUCUAUGCGAUAGUCAGUUAGCUGGGCUUGAUUGGAUAGUAAUACAGCAGCGAAUUAAUGGAAAAGAAAACUUUACCAGGGAUUGGGCCACUUAUAGAAAAGGUUUCGGUUCAUUGGAUGGUGACUUUUUCCUUGGAUUAGAAAAGAUGUCUGAACUAACGAGCUUACAGCAAUACGAACUCUACAUACAUUUGGUUGCCAAAAAUGGCAGCAUCUUCUACGCUCGAUACGAUGACUUCAAAAUAUCUGAUGAAGACCAUGGAUACGCACUAAGCUUGGGUAAAUUCAAGGGAAAUAUUAAGGAUGCGAUGAGAAACCACGAAAACAUGAAAUUCACAACAUUCGAUCGGGAUAAUGACCCUUCUUAUGAUAAUUGUGCAGUUUGGUAUAAUGGUGGUUGGUGGUACAAAUCUUGUAGUCAUUGUAACUUAAAUGGAUUAUACGGUCAGUAUCUAUAUUGGUAUGCUGAAAAAGCAAAUACACUCAAAGAAGCUAAGAUGCUUAUUCGUCCCAAAGAAGACAAAAAUAAGUGAAAAACUGAAAAUUCGAAAUCGGAAUCCUUUUUUUACGAUUUAAAUCGCACUAAAUAUAUGUGGUUAACAGAUUGACAUUAGAAUGUACCAACGAAAGAGAUGAGAUUAUAUUGAUAUUGUUGUAAUGUAUGACAUUUAGAAAUAAAUUCAAUUUUAGUUAAGUAAGCUUUACAUCUUCAGAUACUGUCCUAUUCUUAACUUUCGGCAGAGCUGCUAAAGCUACAGUUUACUAAUUUAAUGUCAUUAUUAUUUUGAUUCUUGUUCUCGCUUUACAAGUUAACCUUAAAAAAGAGUAAAUCACUUUUAUUUCCUAAUUUUUUACUUACUGA